AGCACAUCAAGAAAAAUUAUUAAGUCGAAGCUUCUGAAAGUCUUAUUUGUGUGCGACGAGUGGAACUCUAAUAAGGGCGGUUUGUCCACUUUCAAUAGAGAAUUUGCCAUCAAUCUAGCUAGAUCAUCAAGGGAUGACUUUGCUGUUCACUGCUAUGUCUGCCAGAGCAGUGAAUCGGACAGAGAAGAUGCUAAUAAAAAUGGCGUAAGUUUAUUAACGGCAAAGAGUGUACCAGGAACUUACGAUCGUUUGGAAUGGCUAAGACUUUCUCCUUCGGAGCUCCCACAGCCCGAUGUUGUGAUCGGCCAUGGACGAAAGUUUGGCACCCCGUCGUAUUGCAUUGUACAAAAUACAAACUGCAAGUGGGUGCAGUUUGUACACGUAUCUUGCGAAGACCUUGGAAAGUACAAACAAACGGAAACAGAUGCAGUAGAAGAGAAUGAGAAAAAGCACAAAGAGGAAAUCAAACUCUGCAAAGAAUCAAACGCCGUUGUCGCUGUUGGCUCACGACUGCAGCAAAAGUACAGCAGAUGUCUCCCAGACACGAACGUUCACUGCAUCACCCCUGGAAUUUUGGAUAAAUUUGUCAGUCUUUCAGAUCAGAAACUUGCCAAUGUUUCGCAUAGUCCUGACGAGUUCAGUGUCUUUGUCUUUGGGAGAGGAUCUUAUGAAGAUCUGGCGCUCAAGGGUUAUGAUAUUAUUGCCAAUGCGGUAGGUUCUCUUGGGGAGAAGUUUAAGAUGACAUUUGUUGGUUCACCUGAAGGCCAACAUAGAAAUAUAAUGGACUGGUUUCUACAAAAUACAAACAUAACAAGGAGGCAGUUAACAGUACGUGGUUACUGUAAUCAAGAUGAAGUGAGAGAGAUGUUCUAUGCAGCAGACUUGGUUGCUAUGCCUUCUCGUACUGAAGGCUUUGGUCUGAUCGCCUUAGAAGCCAUUUCUGCUGGUGUUCCUGUUCUUCUUACCAGUGAAUCUGGAAUAGCUGAAGCUUUAAAGAAAGUUGACGGUGGGAAAUCUGUGAUCAUUGACUCAGAAGAUCCCAAAGAGUGGUCCCAAAAAAUCAGAACUCUGUCCAAGAACAAGCCGGAUGAAAGACUCAAAACGUCUAUUAAUCUCAGAGAAAGCUACAACAAGACAUUCCCUUGGGACACCCAGUGUGAGAAAUUCAAAGAGAUCAUUUUGAAGAUGAUGAGUGACAACUGCUGUGCUGAAAGUGUUGAAGGUAGUGUUUUACUGUUCUUGCCUAUCUCGCCUUUAAUGCACCAGUCAAUUAAAAAAUUUAAAAUCCUCCCGGCCUGGGGGGUGGCACUUAAAAGAGGUUUAAGUAGAGGUAUGCUGCUGAGGCCUUCAAAGGCUGACCCUGUUUAAGACAAAAUCUUUCUUUUUUUGCUACCCUGUUUAACCCAUUCGCCCCUGAACCGCCCGUAACCGCCCGUGCGGAUCCAGGUCCUUUCUACCCAUUGUGACGUCAUCAGUUUUAACGGUCAAGGACAACUUUCUUCACUAACUUGUGCAGAGUGAAGAGAUCUUUCAAACCAUACCAGAAUGAGCACAAUUCAGUCAAGGACACCGGAGAAACAAGCAAAAAACCACGUGACAUUGACCUGAAAAUCUCCAUGAAAAUCUUGUCCCAUUACCCACCUACCUUUCCUUUCGCCUAAUCCUAAGAUCCUAAAAGCUUUCCUAAAAACUCUUCCCACCAAAAUCAAGCCUACUAAAUGCCCAGCAAGAGAAAAAAAAAAUGAGGCAAGAAAAGCAAAAAAAGAAGGGAGGAGAGAAAGCGAAAAGUAAAAGUCAAGACUGCUGUGUCACUUUUAAACCCAAAAACUGUCGAAAUUUUGCUUUCUGCGCAUGCCCGAACUUCGCAAGCUGAUAUUUUGCAUCUGGAUCAAAAGGCUGCGAAGUGUUCGACCUGUAAACCAGUUUGUGGUAAGUUUUAGCUCUUUAUAGCACGACAGUGACCAGAAAACCACUCGACUAGCUUCAAAACGCGUUUUUCGGCAAAAUCUCCAGGAGCGAAUGGGUUAAGACAAAAGAUGAGAGUUACUGAUUCAUUUCAUUUCACAUACAGAAUUACUGCAGUUGAACUUCCAAUAAGCAGCUACCUGUUAUUAGUGGCCGACACCCUCAUUAAGCGGCCAGUAGUCAAAGUUCUAAAAUAAGAAAUAGACCUCUAUUAAGCGGUCACCUUUUUGCCAUCCAGAUGAGAGUUUUCGUAGGUAUUGUUGUCACCUCCAUUAAGAAACCAGCAAGUGCUUAGUUUGGCUUUGCUUUAAAAAUAUGAUUAAGGAAAAUACAGUCUUAAAGUGGUGACUGAAAUUGGACCAUUAAUGCUGCUCCCAUUUUUGCACGUUUUUUUUUUUUAACAAAGUAUAGUUUCUUCUAAAGUAUAACUUAUAAUGCUAAUUUAUGGUAAACCUCUAGACGGAGUGGCUAGCUUCCAAGCCACGACUUGCCGGUACCUCGAGGGUCGUCAUUUAAGAGCCAAUGUCUAUAAUUU